UCGUACUCAUGAAACAGUUUUUCACCCACAUGGACUCUCAUGUGAGUUUUUACAUGGUGCUUUUGUGUGAACUUUUUCCCGCACCACAUACACACAAAUGGUCUCUCUCCUGUGUGGGUUUUUUCGUGCCUUUUCAGACAAGUUCGAGUCGUAAAGGUUUUAUUGCAUUGAUUGCAAAUAAACGGUUUCUCUUCCAAGUGUUCAAAAGUAUCUAGUUGCUUGGGUUCUAGCUCCUCUUUUGUUUUAAGAUCAUCGUCUUCUUCAUCACUCUUCUCCUCAUCAUAAUAAAAAUCUGGUGGUUGGUCUGAAUCAUCAUCAUCAUCGUCAUCCAUAACAAUCUCAAACAUGUUAUCAUUAUUAAAUUCAUUUUCCUUAUAAAUUAAAACGUCCUUUGCAAUAAGCCUGUCUUCAAACAACCUAUCGUAAUGCCGACAUUGUUCUUUAAACACAUACGAUUUAAAUAUUUCGAUUGUGCACUUGUUACAAAUGUUCUGUGGCAUAUUUUGAUUGUUUAUGGAAUCUACUUCUAUGUAUUGUUGAAGUAAUUCUAUUAAUUUAACACCGUCUAUAUUUACUACAUCCGGAAUGCAAUGAAGGUCUUUUCUGGACAUACAAGUCCUACAUAUGUUUUGAAAAUCUUCCACUUCUAUAUCCUGUUUUAUUUUUUCGAUUUUUUGUCCACUAGAAGUUUUUGGGCCCAUUUUGUACACAAUAAACACUAGUGUACGUUUUAAUAAAUUUUGUAGGUUAGUGUAGUAUCGGAAGCGUCACAUAUUUUAAAGAAUUCUUUGUUUUAGUUCGAAAUACGUUGUUGCUUAAGUUUGAAAUACAUGUGAAUUUUACCGACGAAUUAGUUUUUAUUUACCAUAAAAAGCCUUUUUAACAAAUUAACAUAUUUAUUUAUAACUUCAUCAACUUUUUCAUAGAUGUCGCAGAAACUUUGCCAUUUGUCAGUUUUGACGUAUGUCACAUUUUCGCCGCUAACUUCGUACAAGUCGGGUUAUUCAAGGAUACGUUCGUUUUUUCCCUUAUAUGGCAAACCUAACCGCUUCGCGUAGUGAUUAAGAAAAUAGCCGUAUUUUAUAUAUAUAUACAUCCUAUAAAAUAGUGCAACGAAAAGUCAGCAUUGACCGAAUUAAAUUUAGAAAAUCGUUCGUGCUGAAAUUUUCCAGUAUUUGUAGGCGUUAAAUUUACAGUUUUUCUAUUUUUGUCUAGCCGGAUUUUUUAGUAAUAAGAUGUCAUACUCAUCAAAAAAUAUUUAUGCAACCCUCCCAAAAACCCAGAGGGGCCAACCCUUGGUUCUGGGGGGCGACCCUAAGGGCAAGAAUUUUUUGUAUACCAAUGGAAAUUCGGUUAUCAUUAGGAAUAUACAGAACCCCGCAAUUGCUGACAUCUACACUGAACAUUCAUGCGCCGUCAACGUUGCCAAAUACUCUCCCAGCGGAUUUUAUAUCGCUUCUGGAGAUCAAUCGGGGAAGGUCCGCAUCUGGGACACGGUGAACAAGGAGCACAUUUUGAAGAACGAGUUCCACCCGAUCGGCGGGCCGAUCAAGGACAUCGCGUGGUCGCCGGACAACCAGCGCAUGGUGGUGGUGGGGGAGGGCCGCGAGCGGUUCGGGCACGUGUUCAUGUCCGAGACGGGAACGUCCGUCGGGGAGAUUUCCGGGCAGUCGAAGCCGAUCAACUCGUGCGAUUUCAGGCCGACCAGGCCGUUCAGGGUCGUCACCGGGUCGGAGGAUAACACCAUCGCUGUCUUCGAAGGGCCUCCGUUCAAGUUCAAGAUGACCAAGCAGGAGCACUCUCGAUUCGUGCAGGCGGUCCGCUACUCCCCCUCGGGCAACCUGUUCGCGUCGGCCGGCUUCGACGGCAAAGUGUACCUGUACGACGGCGCGAGCAGCGACCUCGUCGGCGAGGUGGGCGCGCCCGCGCACGCCGGCGGCGUCUACGGCGUCGCCUGGAGCCCCGACGGCAGGCGGCUGCUCACCGCCAGCGGCGACAAGACCGCCAAGCUGUGGGACGUCGAGACGCGACAGGCCGUCACGGAGUUCAAGCUCGGCAGCACCGUGGAAGAUCAGCAGGUGUCUUGCCUGUGGCAGAACGACUAUCUUCUCACCGUCUCUUUGAGCGGUUUCAUCAACUAUUUGGACGUCAACAAUCCCGAGAAAUGUCUGAGGGUCAUCAAGGGUCACAACAAGCCGAUUACCGUCUUAACUUUCUGGAACACCGAAACGGGGGAGAACGACAGGGUCGAAGGUAACGGGCACGGCAACCAAAUAAACGGCAUGCGGCCCCACAACGGCACCCUGUACACUUGCGGGAUCGACGACAGCCUGAAGCAGAUCGAAAUCGAAGGCCUAACCUACAAACCGCAAGACCUCAAGUUGGGCUCGCAACCCAGAGGCAUGGACAUCCACAAGGAGGAAGGCACAGUUGUGACGGCCAGCGUCAACGAAAUCACCGUGUCGAAAGACAACCAGAAGUUGAGCACCCUCAAGGUAACCUACGAACCUUCCAGUGUGAGUGUAGCUUCGAACGGCCACGUUGCCAUCGGCGCCACCGGUGACAACAAAGUUCACUUGUACGAACUGAAAAACAACAAUUUGGUUCCCCUGCAAGAUUUGGAACAUCUGGGGCCCGUGACUGACGUCAGUUACUCCCCGGACGAAAAACACUUGGUCGCCAGUGAUGCCAACCGUAAAGUGAUUCUGUAUGAGACGCAGGAAUACAAGAAAGCCAAUAAUCAGGAAUGGGGCUUCCAUAACGCGCGCGUGAAUUGCGUUGCGUGGUCCCCCGACUCUCAAUUGGUCGCCAGCGGUAGUUUGGACACCAGCAUUAUCGUGUGGUCCGUGGAAAAACCCGCCAAGCACAUCAUUAUCAAGAAUGCGCACGCUCAAAGUCAAAUUACUAGAUUGUCGUGGGUUGACAAUACGACCUUGGUGUCUGUGGGUCAGGAUUGCAACACGAAGUUGUGGACUAUCACCCCGUUCUAGUGAUUUUAUUAACUACGAAUUAUGUAAAAGUUACUAUGUUUCAUUAUAUUAUUUAUUUUUUCAUUUAAUUUUUAAUGCAUUUAUUAACAAGCCAAGUGUUAUGCUUUAUAUUCCGAAAUUGUGCAUUUUUAUGUGUUUUUUUCCUAUUUGUAUACAGUGGAUUGUUUUUUAUUAAGGCCAAUAUAAUUAUUUGUAUUUGUUGUAUAACAUAUAGUAUUAUUUUAACUAUUUAUACAUAAAUAAAACAUUGCUAUAAAAAGUUUUUUAUUAUUAUU